AUGACAUCCGCCCUCGACGAGCCACCUGAUGGCCUCAUCGGUGGCUACAAAGGCGGCAACUUCGUCGUGCGCAUCCUAAUGAUCGUCUUCUCCUCCAUCGCCCUCUACAACGCCAUCGAACUCUUUAUCCUCCUCUUUCUCACCUUCCAACACUACCGCGGCCUCUACUUUUGGACCCUACUCCUCUCCGUCACCCUCGGCGUCAUCCCCCACACCGUCGGAUAUAUCCUCGAAUUUUUCGCCCUCGCUCCCCUAUGGUUCUCUCUCGUUCUUUCCACCAUCGGCUUCUACGUCAUGGUCCCAGGCCAAUCAUUUGUCCUGUACUCGCGCCUCCAUCUAGUCGUUCAAAACCAAACAGUCCUCCGCUUCGUCCUCUGGCUCAUAAUAAUCGACUCAAUCAUCCUCCUCGUGCCUACAACAGUCCUAACCUUCGCCACCGCCUACGUCCAAACAACCCCCUUCAUCCGCGGGUACAACGUCAUGGAAAGAAUGCAACUAGCCUGGUUCUGCGCGCAAGAAUUCGUAAUAUCAGGCAUCUACAUAUCCGAAACAGUCAAACUGCUCAGCCUCAUGCCAGAAAAAGACCACCGCAGAUCAAAAAUCAUGUACGAGCUCCUAGCCAUAAAUUUCGUCAUCAUCCUGCUGGACGUCGGCCUGCUCGUCGUCGAGUACAUCGGCUACUACUCGCUCCAAACGACGCUGAAACCAAUGGUUUACAGCAUCAAGCUGAAGCUGGAAUUCGGCGUAUUGGGGAAACUUGUUUCGCUCGUGCAAACGAACCGAUCGCAGCCUACGUCUCUUGAGCAUGAGGAGUAUCCGGGAUUCGUGGAUCCGACACAAAUUACCUCUGAUGUGACGCAUGCGGCGCCGGUCCAGUCGACUCGUCGCGCUUCGAGGGGGUUUCACUGGGGGAUGAAUAUGAAUAAUCUCUCUUUGGAGAGUUUGCCCAUGUCGGAACGAAGGAUAAGGCCCUCGACGAGGGAUACGGAUAGUUCUGGUCCGAGUCCGGGCCCGAGUCCUAGUCCGCGUUUAUGA